CCAAGAUCUUGAAACAAGCAAUGAAUUAUUUUCUGAGCUCCCACAUCCUUCUGCGUUUCUAGGAUUCGAUCCAAUUACACAUUGUGAUGCAGAUGAAGAAUUAUCUCUUUCCUAUGACACCCUACACAAGAACACUGACAAUAAUUCGCUCUUGGCAUUUGAUUACCAAGUUCCAAAGGAUUGUGAAAGUGACUAUACAUCACACUUAGCAUUUGAUGACCAGGAUUUAAAGGUUUGGGAAGCAAAGGAUCAUUUUUAUUUGCCAGUCAGUUGUUGUGAACGGCUCGGUUCAAGGACUCCACCUGAAGCUAUUGAAGCAGAUGAUAUCCCAACAUUGCUUAUGGAUAAAAGGUCUCAAAUUCUAAAGGCAGAAGAACCAGCUAAAUUCUUGGAUUAUGAUGUCAAAUAUAUUUGUCAACAUUGUGAUUUUGAGGUACCAUACACGGUGGGUAAUAUGACGGAGAUCGUCCAGCAUCUGCUACCACUCAGAAAGUUCACUCAAGAAAGUUCAGAUAAUAUUCUGGAGCAGGUAUUGGUUUCCAGACUUGAAUUGAGGCAAGAAUUCUCAGAUGGUAUCAAGGUACAAGUCGCAUCAACCUUGGUGUGCAAACUAUGUUCUAAAAAAUUUGAAGUUUAUUGUGAAAAUCUAUACGAAGUGGCUCAUCAUUUAAAUUAUUGUGCUAUGAAAACAUCUGGAGGAUCGCCCAUCUGCAUAUUCUGCCGUGAAGGCGUGGCAGCAGAUUGCAUGGACCAGCACUUCGACCAGCGCAGUCCUCAAUGCUGUACGGCCGCAUGGGUGAAAAUAGCAGAGAUCCUGCCUAUUGGGUGCAAAAAAGUAACUCAGGAUCUUCGAACUCGAUGCCAGUUAUGUAAAGCGGUUUUCUCUCCAUUCGAUUGCAUCCCGUUGGAUGCUAAAGCUUUCUGUACAACCUGUCACAGCAACCUCACCACAGCAAACAUACUCGCAGUUGAUUCAAACUCUCAACAAAAAUGUACGCUAUGCAAUUCAAGUUGUUCUCAGAAAUUUAUGACUCUGUCUGAACCACAAAUUCGUGUAGGUUCUCACUGCUGGAUCUCUUUGAGGUUCAGUAAAAAAGGUAUAAAAACUAGAGACCCUUGUUGGGCUUUUAGAAGCCUGACCAGCCUGUUAGGAUCAACUUAUAACAAGUUAUCUAAAAAAAUUUUAAUAAUGGAAUCAGAAACUCUUUACCACACAGUUUCUUUUCCAUACAUGAAAUAAGCCAAACAAAAAAAAAAGUUGAAUAAAUAAAACUGAAGCUAGUCGGACAAAGCGACACUCAGUACUAAUGCAACAAUAUAGUUCAUAAUAUUUUUUCAAUGUAAAAUUCAUCGAUUACAUCUGGAAUGGGUUGAUUUCAUGAAUGAAUGCAUUGCCAGACGCGACUCACGCAUAACUUAUUCACUUUUAUGGGAUGAACUCGUAUAUUUAAAUGCAGCUUUACUUCUGUUAUGAUUGUUUCCGUUCCCACAAGAAAAUACUCUAAAUUUGGUUUUCCAUUCAAUUGCUGCGAAAUCGAUAUUAAAACAUCCUACUAAUAAUUGCGUUCCAAAAAGUGAGAGAUAAUCUGAUGAAAAUGGCCUUGCUUUCUGCUCCAAUUAUGAUUAACAAGUUUCUUGCCUUUGCUUCUUUUAUAUC